AAAAAAAAAAAAACAACAAACCGCGCCAUCGCACUAGGGCCAGGCAACAUGGCUGCGAUGAAGAGAAGGUUCACAAUAGAUGACAAACGGCGGAUUCUUGAGUUAUAUGAUCAGCUUCCUCGGAUGAGCCAGAGGAAGGCGGCGAAACGUCUGAACGUCACUCCGUCUAUGCUCUGGACGAUUAUCCACAACAGGAACUGUAUCAUAAAAGGAGAGAUCAUUAAACGUGAAAGGAAUAAGUGGCUGGGAUGCGGCAGGUCGCCGAGACUCGAGGCAAAUAUCUGGAAAUGGAUCGAUCACAUGAGACUAGCCGGAACCCCUAUUACAGAUCUGAUGAUUCACCGGAAAUCAAUGGACAUUGCGGCGCGCAUGGGUAUCGUUAGCUUUAGGCCGAGCCCCAGGUGGUACAGCGGGUUCAAGAAACGAGAGGCAAUCGUGCGCGAGAGGUAUCGCAUCUAUCCGGCUGUGGAUCAGCCAGAACAGCUCGGACCUUCUCCACGUGCUGAUGUUGAGACUCCCCAGGAACACAGCACGCCUGAAACCCAAGAAGAAAGCACUACACCUAACGAGACCGAGCAUAACAAACAGCUUCCGGUCCAAAGCAGCCCUACUGUCCUGGUGGGCAAAGUAAACGGACACAUGCAGACAGUCACUGUGCCCUCACUGCACCAAAUGCAGGAGGCUAUGAAGACUUUAGCCACUGGCUUGUUAUAUCGAGGCUUUUGCGACUUUAAUCUCCUUCAUCAAUUUGAGAAAGAAGUUGCAAACGUUGUGAAGAGAUCAGUGACCCAAGGCUGCCAGGACAGUUUUGUAGCCUGAGUGCUGGGUCACUAAUAGCUGUUGUCUCCUGCGAAGUGCACUAUUUAUAUACUCUGUGCCUUGUAAUGGUGUAUUAUUUGGGCACUAUCAUGUUGAUGUGCACUGUGGGAUUAAAUCAACACACACACACACUGGAUAACCUUCACAAUGUUUGUGGACAAGAUGGAAAGACUCAACAGUGCACUAUGUAGUAAUUAGGGAUUAGGAAACAGCAUGUUGAACUUGAUUGGCACUGAGGUUUAUGUAUGAAUUAGUCAGCCUAGGUUGGCUGCUUAACCUGUUGCGUCUAUAAUGAAGUUGUCCAAAUAUAUGCUGUGAUUUACAGUGAAGGAACAUUGAAUGCCUACUUUGUGAUGUAUUUGAUGGUUAAUGUUUAAAACAUCAUGGGCACACUGCUGCCAAAAAAACCUAUAUUAGGUAGAUUUCACUAAUUAAAAGCUGUUUAUUUUUUUUUGUUUGUUUUCUUUUACUGUUUAUGGACAAAACCCCCCACACUACUGUUAUAUAGCUACAUUCUGUUAUUGUCUGUCUAUGGUAUGAUGCAGUGAACGACUGGCCUGCUUUUCUAACCAUUAGCUGUUUCCUGGUCCUGUCCUACAUGUAUUUAGUGCUUUCACACCAGAUCCAGUUAAGCAGCUAAUUAUCAACCAAUCCUGGUUUGAACUGGGUCUGUUGGAGAAGGGGAAAUGCUAAAAAUUGUAUAGGAUACAGGGUUGGGUAGCUGCAUUGUAGAUCAAUGUGUAUGUAAAUGAUUAGAGCCCUUAUUUUUAUAAUGCGGUCUCUGUGACAUCCAGGUUCUGGUGAAUUUGGUUUGGGAAACUUUCAUUCAGCAUUCUUCAAUCAGAAAACUUUCAUUCAGCAUUAAAUCUGAUCGUAAGCUGACGUUUCCUUAUUUGCAAGUUCAGUUUGCAGUUACUGUUUUUCAGUCAUGGUUUUGACUUUGUACUUUGCCAAAAAUCUUUAUUUUUUUUUUCCUGUUGGAGAAAUACAGAACCAUUUGUAAACCAGCUAUAGGCCAUUGUUUUAAAAAUCAGAUAUAUUUUACUUUUUUGUUUGUUUGUUUAAUUUUUUUAAAGCUUUCUCAUAUGUGGCCACACGGGGGCGCAGCUUCUCAUGUAAUUUUUUUUUAUCUCCUCACCGAUAUGGAAACUACAUAAACAUGUCUAUAAACUGUGGCUUGUUGGUAGCAGUGCAA